AUGUUAGGUUUAUCGGCGUCAAUGUUUCAAUUUUCGCCAGUCAUUGACCAUUUCAUACAAACGCUGAUCAAAGAUGGAACAUUUGCUGAUCUUGCAAUCGAUCCGAAGCCGCCUACGAUUGAUGUCGACUCGAUCGAAUUAUUGCCUGAUGACGAUUCUGUGAAAAAAGAUGCUCGAAUUGAUGAAAAAAUGCUCAAUUCUCAAAGUACGCCGCAGUCGACUGGAAUAUCGCCAAAUUCGGCAUUAGAUUCGGGCACGACGCCGGAAAACGUGAUGUCGAAUCAUAAGGCAGUCUCGAAGAAAAUAUCCAUUCGCGUACCGCUUCGUUCUCCGAUUCUGCAGCUCAACACCAUUGGAGCAAAUGCGUUAGCUGGAAUUAGUCAUAUAUUCCCAUAUUGCAAUUUAUUUGAGCAGCCAAAUGCGGAACCUGUGAAAGAAUAUUCGUUUCAUCAAGUAUUGCACAUUGGAAAUAAUAUUUUGGACGACACCGACUAUGAUUUUCAAUCGACGUCGCGAGAUAUGACGUCAGUAGAAUCAUCGAAUGAAACGAAGGACGCGGUAAAAUCGAACCGAUCACUCCACGAGAAAGCUUAUAAAUGCCCGAAAAUCGAUUGCGAUCGGAGAUUUUCGCGAAGCGAUGAGCUCAGUAGACACAUUCGAGUUCAUACGGGGCAAAAACCUUUUCAUUGCUGGAUUUGCAUGCGUUCAUUUUCGCGUUCGGACCAUCUUACGACACACGUCCGAACGCAUACUGGGGAGAAGCCGUUCUCGUGCGAAGUUUGUGGCCGAAAAUUUGCUCGUAGUGACGAGCGACGAAGGCAUACGAAAAUACACAACGAAGAGGUUGAUUUAUGA